GCAAUCGAGGGCACCUACAUCGACAAGAAGUGUCCCUUCACGGGCAAUGUCUCGAUCCGUGGCCGAAUCCUGUCAGGUGUGGUUACCAAGAUGAAGAUGCAGCGCACCAUUGUCAUCCGUCGGGACUACCUGCAUUACAUCCGCAAGUACAACCGCUUCGAAAAGCGCCACAAGAACAUGUCUGUGCAUCUGUCCCCCUGCUUCAGGGAUGUGCAGAUUGGGGAUAUCGUCACCGUGGGAGAGUGUCGUCCCCUCAGCAAGACUGUCCGGUUCAACGUCCUCAAAGUCACAAAAGCUGCUGGUACCAAGAAGCAAUUCCAGAAGUUUUAAAGACGGCAUAUUGGAAGAUACGCAGGACAAAUAAAACUUUUGUAAAAACGUACCCUUGUGUGUGUAAUCUGAAAUAAAUAGCGUGGGGACGCAACAGCGCGUGUGAAC